CAGCUGAUAAGAUGAGAACAAAACACAAAAGCAAAAGCGUGUUUUUAAAUGUGACGUACAAGUUACGCAGUUUUGAGAGACAUUAUUGAAUUAUUUAAUGUAUUUGAAGGUUUCUUUUGAAAAUCUUGAUGAACAAGUGAAAAUUUUCAUAAGCUUUCACAGUACAUAUUUGUGACUUGUAAAUUGUGAAAAAUUCAGCUACCUCUAAUGGAAUAGUCGACAUACUUCUUGUUAGGCUACCUAUUUCAAAGAACAUCGUUUGAACAAUGUUGUCAAACAGAUAUAACAUUUUGCUUCUAGUUAUCUGUGGAACUUUUUCACUGGUAACUUGCGUAGGGAACACAGAUUUGUUUUUAAAUGAGAAAAUUCCAGAUUUGUUUGUAACUGAGAAAAUUCCAGCAUCUUUUGAUGCAAACACUGAUCACAAGGAGAAACGUAAUGAUGGAGAUGCCAUUUUAUACUACCAACCAGAACAAAUCCACAUUUCUUUUGGAGAUGAUCUAUCAACGAUUGUAGUGACAUGGAGCACAAAGAAUGACACGAAUGGAUCAAUAGUGGAGUACGGAAUCGACGGCCUAAUAGCUCGCAAACAGGGCACUUCAACUCUGUUUGUGGAUGGCGGUUAUCAGCAUAACUUCCAAUAUAUACACCGGGUUGUGCUUGAAAAUCUCAGGCCACUUGAGACUUAUCUCUACCACUGUGGUAGUGACAAGGGCUGGUCAGCCGAGUUUUGGUUCAAAACUGUGAACCCGGAGGAGAAUUGGUCGCCACAUUUGGCAGUUUAUGGAGAUAUGGGCAACAAGAACGCCCAAUCUUUGCCGCGGCUACAACAGGAGACUCAGAACAAUGUCUAUGAUGCUAUCCUACAUGUGGGUGACUUCGCCUAUGAUAUGGCCACUCAAAACGGAAGAGUUGGUGAUGAAUUCAUGAAACAGAUUGAACCGAUAGCUGCUUACGUUCCAUACAUGACAGUUCCUGGAAAUCACGAAGAAAAAUACAAUUUCAGUCAUUACAAGGCGAGAUUUAGUAUGCCAGGAGGUACAGAGAGCCUAAUGUACAGUUUUAAUUUGGGUCCGGCGCAUUUCAUUGGCUUUACCACUGAGGCCUACUAUUUCAUCGAAUAUGGCUUGAAACAAGUUAUACUACAGUAUGAGUGGUUGGAGAAUGAUCUAAAGGAAGCAACAAAACCUGAGAACAGAGCCAAGCGGCCUUGGAUCAUAACAUAUGGUCAUCGUCCCAUGUAUUGCUCCAACUCUGAUAAGGAUGAUUGCACUUAUCACAGCACCCUGGUCAGAGUAGGCCUGCCUGUAUUCAAAUGGUUCGGUCUUGAAAAGCUAUUCUACGACUAUGGAGUAGAUUUGGAACUGUGGGCUCAUGAGCAUUCCUAUGAGAGAUUGUGGCCGGUCUACGAUCAGAAGGUUUACAAUGGAUCAGCUGAUGAACCGUACACGAAUCCAGGUGCUCCAGUCCAUAUUAUCACUGGAUCAGCUGGCUGUGACGAGAAUACAGAUAGUUUUAUUCCUAAGCCGGCUGAGUGGUCGGCUUUCCGUAGCAGUGACUAUGGCUAUGCUCGUCUCAAGGUCCAUAACGCCUCACAUCUUCAUCUCGAACAAGUGUCUGACGAUAAGGAUGGCCAAGUUAUCGACCAGAUAUGGCUGAUUAAAGACUCGCACGGUCCAUACAGUUUGGUGUAAUCCUCGAAUGAGGCCAUUUUGGAUUU